UAUUUGAAACUUCUCGUAGCUCGCUAGCUCGCGACAAUAAACAAAUAAACAAUAAUAACGUUCAAGCUGAAAAUAAGAGUGGUGCUUUAGUUAACAUUUCCAACGUUUGCCGGGAACGGACGCGCGCUCGUGUAUAGGGGAAUCAGGCUCAAAAUCUCUGUAAUCAACAACAAUACAAAUAACCAGAAAUCAGCAAGGAAGCACGCGUUUCGCGGAUCGUGAGCAGUUUCGUGAUUGAUUCGAUCGGUGAUUUUGGUAGUGAUGUGAAUCCUUGUGAAUAUUGUUGCCGCAGACGAACCAUUGGAUAUGUUGUUGCGCAUAGUUUUGGCUGUUACGUGGUGUUCUGAGGUGGUGCGCAUAAUUUGAGUUGGUUCCGCUUACCGGCUCGGGUGACUAAUCGUGAGAAUCUUGCAAAGAAGGUGCUGUACGUGAAAAAGCAUACUUAUAAACAUAUCUUCAGGCCAGCAAUUGUUGGGCAUUUUCACCGACCGUACACCACGAAAACUGCAACGAGCGCACCACCUGUGCGCGUCAUGAUAAGGCAGAUAGCAUCAUUGGUAACUCGAAAGCGAAAGACAACGAGCAUUUGCACCAUUCGAUUGUUGCUGACUAUGGCUGUCAAAUAUAACAAAAGUGUGCAUUGUUGACUGAUUUCGCGCGGUAAUGUCCACGCCCAGCUGUGUUGUAAAGUGUAAGGCAAGAAUAAUAUACGCAGUGAAGCGAUGAGAGAAAAGUAACAAAAAUACAGUGCGCCAAACUCCGCUGCUUGGUGAUCUUCUGGAACUUGCGAGACUGAGUGAAAGAAAGCGAAAGUGCUGCACGCCAAAGGACAGAGAGAGAUAGACAGAGGCAGAGCGAGUUAUCACAUAUUCUGUGCGAAUGGAGGCCGGGUUUAUGUUGACGGAAAUUCCGGGCGGCUUCAUAACGCACCGGCCACACACCAUUGCGGGUGGACAUCGGUUUGCUCCUUACCCUAUAGUUCUGCAUCAACCGCAUUUGCAGCAAAAUGCAUCUUCGGUGUUCAGCAUUCCUCCACAUCAUCUGGCGGUUCACCACUCUGCAGCUCACGCGGCCCUGCACCAUCAGCACAUUCUGCGCUCAGUGCACCGGCCGCAAAGUCCAUCAUCUUCACCACCAACAGCAGUUGUGGAGGAGGGCACUCACAUCGGUCACCUUUACCCCGAAAUUCUUGCGAUGAUCUUUGCUAAGCUCAGCGUGAAGGAUCGCGGGAGAGCAGCACAAGUUUGCACUGUUUGGAGGGAUGCAGCCUACUCCAAAAGUUGCUGGCGUGGCGUCGAGGCAAGCCUUCACCUGCGGCGUCCAUCCCCCACACUGUUCCUGUCUCUCGUGAAACGAGGCAUCAAGCGCGUUCAGGUCCUGUCCGUGCGACGCGCUCUCAAGGAUAUCGUGACUGGGGUCCCGAUUCUGGAGUCGCUUAAUCUGAGUGGCUGUUACAAUAUCACGGACGUAGCGAUUGGCCAUGCAUUUGCCGGAGACCUUCCCAACCUAAAAAUGCUUGAUCUUUCCCUAUGCAAGCAGGUGACUGACUCCAGCCUAGGUCGGAUCACCCAGCACCUAAAAAAUAUUGAAAUAUUGGAGCUUGGUGGAUGCUGUAACAUUACGAAUACUGGCCUCCUGCUCAUCUCCUGGGGUUUGAAGAAGCUGCGCCGUUUGAAUCUUCGCUCAUGCUGGCAUAUUUCUGAUCACGGAAUCGGGCAUCUGGCAGGGCUGAGCAAAGAAACGGCGGAUGGUACGCCUGCUCUCGAGUUCCUUGGGCUACAAGAUUGUCAACGGCUUUCCGAUGAGGCUCUGCGACACAUCGCACAAGGGCUAACUUCCAUGCGUUCGAUUAAUCUGAGCUUUUGCGUAUCCGUGACCGAUAGCGGUCUGAAGCAUUUGGCGCGCAUGCCGCAUUUAGAGGAGUUAAAUCUGCGAGCCUGUGAUAACAUAUCGGACAUCGGUAUGGCAUACCUGACCGAGGGCUGUAGCUCAAUCGCAACGUUGGACGUUAGCUUCUGUGAUAAGGUAGCUGACCAGGCCAUGGUACACAUCUCUCAAGGUUUGUUCCAACUGCGCUCGCUGAGUUUAAGUGCUUGUCAAAUUACUGACGAGGGUUUAUCGCGCAUCGCCAAGUCGCUGCAUGAUCUCGAGACCCUAAACAUUGGCCAGUGCAGCCGCAUUACUGAUCGGGGCCUUGAAUUGGUGGCCGAAGAACUGGUCAACUUACGUGCCAUCGAUUUGUACGGAUGUACCAGGUUAACACCAUCGGCUCUACAGAAAAUCAACCAACUACCAAAACUUUCUAAGGUUAAUCUUGGUCUAUGGCACAUCCGGUGAUAAGCUAGCGCGGAGUACAAUAACCAUAAAGACCCACAUCAUUAUCCAACAGCUAUCCACUGUUGAAGCAUAUUGCGAGUCCGCAGGUGUGAUAGUAGUAUUUUGGCAUUUGUGAAAAGAAAGAAUAUUACUAAAAGAAUGAAGAUGGGCCUUUGAAGACUUGUAAAGAUUAGAUAGUUUGAGUAGCCAUCAUGCACCAAAG